AAUCCUAGUCAGGUGCUCCGUUCAUUUCUGAUCAAUUGUAGGCGGAUCAGUACUUAUCUGACUCGUCGAAAUUUGUUUCUUCGGAAGGCAUCAUGACACAAUUUCGUAGUGUUUUUAGCUUUGUUCUCACGUUAAUCGUCGUGUCACAGAUUUCAUCGUUGCACGCCGAGAAUGCUGUACCUGUAUUAUUAUGGGGCGGUUUAGCUGAUACCGAUUCGGAAACGAGUGCAGUGAAUCCAUUUUUAAAAACUUCUAGCAAAGAAUUCGAUUUGUUUCUACGUAAAAAGUUGGAAACUUCUCCUCCUGUUCUUCUUUACGUGAAAGAUAAUCUGUGCGUCGAGGAUUUAGUGAAACACAAACAGAAUCUUCAUACAGUCGCCACUGGCGAUUCGUUAAAAUAUUUUCCUGCCGUUGAGAAAGCGGUAAAUGUUGUCGAAGAUUUGCCAUCGUAUAAUCAAACAUACGAUGAUUAUACAGAUUCAAAAUCUGAAGGACAGUUGUCGAUUAUGCCUAUUACCAAUCUAGAUAUAGUUCCAGAGACAUAUAAGACGAUAAAAGAGUCCAGUCCUAAUUUAAUAGCUAUUCUCACAGGAAGAUCAUGUAGUUAUAGCCGUUCUGAAAGAGUUAAGAGAGAUACCUCUACUCUAUCUUCUAAUUCUUCCGCUUUUAUUGCUUCAUCAGAGAGAAUACUUUUGUAUUCUAGUCAAGCAUUGUCACUGAAGCUUGUAGAUGUCAUAAACCUUCCACUUAAACAUACGAGUAUACAAGAAGGACAAGGUACAAAAGAGUCUCCAUUAGUAUUGAAACUGUUAUUCAAUGAAACGGAUUCAUCUGCGAUUAAGCAUAUACUCCAUUUUAAAUUUGAGGUCAAAAGUACAGGAUACUAUACUCUUAAAACAGUAAUUUAUGAAGGAAUUAAUUACAAAAUCAAGGAUAGUACUAAUCACAGCCUGACUACGUACACGGAUAUUGUUUUUCCGUUUAAUUUUUCUUAUCAUUGUUCACAGAACGUUAUUUUUGAACAAAAUUCUACUAUCUUAAAUAUCAUAGAUUUGCAAGUGCAAAUCGAUGCAAAGGCAUUUAAAAAUGGAAAAGCAUUUAGCGAUGCGUACGAUUGCGUUGGGUUUACUACAAUUCCAAUUUGGACAGGAAUAUUUGUCACUGCCAUAUUAGCUUUAAUCAUGAUUUGGGCUCUUACUAUGAUCAUGGAUAUUCGUACUAUGGAUAGAUUUGAUGAUCCUAAAGGAAAAACGAUCACUAUUUCAUCUCAGGAAUGAUAUGAUAAUGCCAAAUUAGUAAAAAAAAGAAUAUUCUUGUGUAAAUAUAUACCAUAAGUAGUAUUGACUCAAUAAAUUAUCAGUUUCAGGCUGAUGAUCCAUGCAUAUAUAAUCUUCAUUAGAGUGUUUUCAAAUAUUAUAUAUUGUUUAGAUAUACUUGGUUGUUAUAUUGAUUUUAAUUUUAUGAAAUAAUACUAUACUGUGAGAAGAUAAAUUUAAUCAUUCCAAUUACCUAACAUUAUGUACUUUUUUUCAGUAUUUAUAUAUUUGCUAUAUAUGAUAAUAUCUUUUUCCCGUAAUAUUUAUAAUAAAGCAAUGCAUAAAUUGUAGGAACUUUGUUUUAAAACAAGAAAAGAAGUAUAUGAUGCUAUGUACUAGCGUAUCUUUCGAUCAUAAAUCAGUUUUGUGAUAUACUAAUGGUUGAUUGAAAUCAAUGUAAAGUUUAUAAAAAGAUUCGUAUGGCAAUUGUUGUAUAAUAUAGUGCAUUUCGCAUUGACUAUAAGAAAUAUCUAUGCACAGAUUAAUGAUAGUUACAUAUACACAUACUCGUAGAUACAGAUAUAUACAUACAUAUACACGAUACUACAUAAAACUCACUCAAUUAUUUAAUUCUUUUAUUGAUUUCCAUUACUCUUUUCUUUCUUAGCGAAAGAUUGUAAAAAUAUGUUUUAUGAGACCGUAUUAUAAAUUUUUAAUAUAUGAAAAAUGUAUAAUAUAAAAUGGUUGUAUAA